AUGCCACGAAAAUCUGCAAAUGAUAGCCUUGAAGAAGAAAGCCAGGAUAAUGGUUCGAAAUCUCCUGCGGUAGAAGUAGCUCAAGAGCCAGUGUCAUCGCGCCCAAAACGAAACGUGCGCAAAAGUGUAUUGAUAUCAAGCGGAGAUUAUGAAAUAAAUUUGCCAGGAGUUAAUAAAGUAGAAGAAGACGACGAUUAUGAAUUUGCCCAAGCCGGUGCUUUAACUAAUGAAAGUGUGAAAAAACGUGGGCGUCCUGCGACAGAAAAAGAUGUGCGCACGGCAAAAAAGAAGAAGACAGAAGAGCCAACAACUGAACGGCCCGUUGAUGAAACUCCAGUGAAUACCGAUAAUAAUGUUGCACCACUAACUGUUGCUGAGGUGCUACAAGACAUAGUUGUGGGAGCUGAGACUGAGGUCGGCGAAAAUAUCGAAGUUCAAGCGAAUGCCGAAAUUGAAUCGGCUCCUCCAUUUGAGGAUGAAGGUCCUGCUGUCCUGGAAGCCGCAAAUGAAACAACCGACAUGGGCUUCGGGGACGACGACGAAUUCUCCGAGGAAAACGAAGCAGGAAUGCCGCAGCUUGAGCUUAACACACCUCUUGGUAAACGUCGUGGAAGACCAAAAAAGGCCAAAGAAGAACCUUUGGAGGAAACCGAGAAUAAUAAAGACAAAUCGCGUUCGAAGGAGCGAGUUUCAAGAAUUAUGAGACUUGGAGGAGACCGAGUUGUUAGCAAAUCGUUGGCUGAUCGUGUCAGUGGUUACCAUGUGAAAUUGUUUGAAGACGAGAUAGAUGUCACCGAACUUGGAGAUUGCUAUGCUACGGUUAUCAAUGGCUGUCUUGCAUAUUUACUGCGUAAGGAAAGAAUUAUUGACUUGCUGACAAGUCCCGAAGAGAUUUCCAUGAUCCGCGAAGGUGGGUGGAUGCUCGAUAGACCCCCACGUCUUCCUCCAUUGGUCACUAAUAAAGUUUGCUUCGCUUUCUAUGUUGAUGGAUCGAAAUUGGUUUCGAUCAAAGAUAUUUCAAAUGAUGACUUGAAACCCUGGAGUUCGACUGAUUCUUCCAUGGGAGAUCCUGUCAUCAAGCCAAAUGUUCGCCGGCAUCCGGUUGCGAGAGUUAAUGGGCGAUUGGUUCCAAUUAAAGGAGAUCCUCGACUCGCCGAGCUUCAUUUGACUGAAUAUAGUGCUUGGUUACCAAGAUUGCUGAGACUUCGCAAAAAGAUUUUCUACCUCUCUCGCGAAGGACAAAUUUACGGAAACGUUUUGAUUCUUUACGAUUACACAUGCCCGGGUGAUUGCCCGUCUAUUGUCAACCUCCCACAUGGAAAUGACUAUUUGCGUACAAUUGCUAACAACGAUACUGACGAUCAACGCGCUGGAACUGUCGGCGAUGCUGAUAACCCGUUCGAGGAUGAAGUUGUGGCUGGACCACGAGGUGGCAAUUAUCUGCGAGUCCGUCCAUCGAAAGUCGGUUGGGCUCAGAAUAAAAAGCUUCUUUUGAAGUAUUUGAUCAACGAGCCCGGAUUACUCGAUGGCACCGAACUCCUUAAUCGUCGUGUUCCUUUCUUACCGCCUCUCAUUGAAACAGCAGGAGUUUUUGUAUAUUUUGUACCGGCUUCUUUCGUUGCAAACCAGCUUCAUCAUUGCGGCGAUGGAUUGUCGCCUUGGACUGUCAGCCAUAAUCCUGAAGUUUCGUCACCACGUGUGCGCUCUAUUCGUCGCUGUUUGAUACAAGAUACGAAUGGAUUGUUCGUUACAACUCGAGAUCAAUGGCAAUUAACUGGGCUCUGUCUCGUCGAGACGAUGUCGGUUUUGGCCAGAUGCCCGAGACUAAGAAAACGAGUGUUCUAUGUGCAACGAAACAAUUCUGUUAUAAUGGGAAAUGUGUGCUAUUUGUAUGAGUACAUUCGAGAAGGACCGAUUCCAACAAUUGUACGACCACAUGCGAAGCCGCCACAAGAAAGAUGGGCUGGACCGAUUCAUAUGAAUAUUGACAAUAAGGAAAAAACGACGAUGAUGGCACCAAACGGAGAAGAAGAGCAAUUUAUUGAUGUCGAAGAUUUGGAAGUCGUUGAAGAAGAAGUUGUUGGAGAUAUGAUGAAUGACGAUCAACAGAUUCAAGAAGAACAGGAUAACGAACAAGACACAGAUGAUGUAAGGUACGAGGAAGUCACUGAGGAUACUUUGAAUGGUGGCUGGGAUUCAAUGUUUGACGAGGAUGCGCUUCUGGCUCAGGAAUGCCCAGAACCGUAUUACGAAGAAGCGAGAAUACUUGAGACUGGUCAUGUUUAUCUGACUGUGAGACAUAAACGAAUGUCAUCUUCAUUCGAUUGUGUUCUUGAAUGGAUCGCCAAUACGAAUGUUGUUGAAGAGCGUGGAAUUCUCAACUAUUCAAAGCCAAUGCACCCACCACUUGUACGCAAUAUGCGCGCUUAUGCGUUCUUUGUAGCUGGAACCGCAAUUUUCCCACAUGAUAUUAAUCGCGAUGAUUUCUCGCCGUGGUCUCACAAUGGAACGCCUGAAAAUCCAACAUGCUAUCGUACGAAAGUUCGAAAAGUUGGUGUGAUUUGUGACGAUGCGGGAUCGCAAUUCCACAUCAAAGAUAUCGACUACAAAUCGUGCCCAUUCCACCUUGUAUAUCUUUACAGCAUCAAUCCAAGAGAUCCUCGACUCAGAAAAAAGAUUUUCUAUAUGAUGGAAACUGAAUCAAGAUUGGUUGUAAGUCAUGCUCUCAUCAUCUAUGAUUACAAUGUCGAAGGACCCCUCCCUCGUUUGCAUGGAAGCUUUAUGAAACGAUUCGCGAGAAAAAGUCAUAAAAGAAACAAUACGAUUCAGUUGCAUGAUGUUGAAAAUGACGUUUCUGAUAUCAGUGAAACUGAAAAAGAAAGUCCAUUUAUAUUGCCCCCACAAGUCGCAGAUGACGGAACAAUGUAUCUGGCUCUUAGUGAUAUGGAGUUUUGGAAUGAUCGAAACCGCCACCUUCAUUUCUUGGUCAACAAACCGAAUUUACUUGAAAAUUUCGGAUGUUUGAACAAUCGGGUUCCAGCACUUCCACCAGCAACUCCUGGCAAAGGUGCUUACGUAUUUUUCAUCGACGGGCUGGAAGUGGAUUCAAGAAACCUGACGUGCGACGGUCUUGUUCCAUGGUCGGAAAAUGUCAGCUCGAACCCAACUGGUCUCACUAGGCGACCAAAAUCCAUUAAAUAUCCACUUGCGUUAAAUCGCGAGGGACAAUUAAGAGUUUGGAGAAGUCCGCCGAUGGCUGGUCCUCGGUUGGACGUUGAAUUUCAGAUGCACAUUUAUACAGCAACCCUUCCGCGGUGCCCAAGACUCAAAAAGAAGGUCGUGUACGUCGUCAAAAAUGGGAUGCAAAUUGGACACUCAAUGAUCAUCUACUGGUUCACCGAAGCAGGAGAAAUGCCGGUUCCAAUUACUUACGGAAAUGUGAAUCCUGAAAUUACUGUCCAGAGAAUGCCGGCAUCAGUGCGUGAAGAGGCUAGAAAUCUGCUCAUGACGAACUCAGCCAACGAAGUCGGAAAGAUGAUCCAAGAACGACACGGAAUCCAAAUAUCGAAUUCGGCGUUGUAUUACUUACGUCGAAGGGAAAUGAUGAAUGGAAAUAAUGUGGCAUACGAAGAAGUAAAGAAUGAAAUGAUCAAUAAUUUCCAAUCAGAUGAAUGGGGAAAUCAAAAUCCUCAAGGAGAAGAAAUGAUGAUUGCUGGAAGAGCUGGAAAUGAUGAAGGAGGCAAUGAAAAAAAUCAAAUGUUUGAUGAGAAUUCCAUCCAAGUUGGGCAUACUGAAGAAAUUCAAGUCGGCCAAGUAAUGAGCCAAAGGCAUCGUCAAACGACAAUUGGUGAUCAGCUCAAUAUGUUGAAUCCGUCGAGCAUACAUACGUCGCGAAACAGCGCUUCUAAUCAGCCAUCUUUCUUCGCCAAGUCGUCCGGAAAUGUUCGUCAUGGUCCACGAACUGACACAUUGUGGCGUAUCGCCAAGAAUUCUUUGGGAACCACCAAUGAUAAUGAGACAUUCGACGCGCUGUGGAAGAUGUUGGCUGAUCGCAACGAAGGAAGACUUCUGCAAAUGGUUCAUCAAACAUUUGGUGUUGAAAUUAUCGCUGGAGUUGUUGAAAUGAUUCAUAUUGAGGAAGGUGUUCCUAUGGAGGAGCAGUUAGUGCAUGAGAUAAAUCAAGAUGGACGCAAUGAACUUGUGGGUCCUAGAAAAGAGAAUGAAGAAGAUGGGGAAAAAUUCCUCGAACAAGUCGGAUCAAAACCGCAUGAACAUGUUCAAAUGGAACAAGUAAUUAUUGAAGAAGUUAAUGAUGAAAUGAUGAUGGAGGGUCCGAUCGUCGACAUUGUUCCCGACGAUGUUCAAAGCCAAAUGAAUGAGCCACAAGCUCCGAGCCAAUCCCAAACACCAGCGCAGGAACAAUAA